AUGAAGAGCAAGGUUACCCAUAGGCGAAUUGUUGCGGUUAAAGGCAGCCUGUUGAUUAACAAUCUGGAGAUUGGUUUUGUAAACGUUUAUGGGCCUCAUUCUCAAAGUGACAGAUAUGAUUUUUUCGACCAACUUAAUUAUGUAAUUUCAAGCUUAAAUUGCCCAAUUGUUGUGGGAGGGGAUUUUAACAUGGAAAGUCGAUUCACUUGGUUUAGGGGCGGACCGGUUACAACUGCUAGUAUACUAGAUAGAAUUUUGAUUUCUCCUGAGAUUGCCUGCUUAUUUCCGGGACUGGUGCAGUUCACUCUUCCAAGGAGUGUAUCAGACCAUAAUCUGGUUUUCUUGAAAGCUAAAAACCAUAGAAAAUUUAUCCGGCCAUUUAAAUGGUUCAACCAUUGGAGUGAAGAUUCCAUUCUUGUUGGUAGAAUCAAGGAUGUAUGGGAAUUGAAUAGAGGUAAAAACAUUAUGCAGUCCCUGCUGCUUACAAAGGUCGUGACAAAAGAUAGAGCAAGAUCAGUUCGUGAUAGUAAUCCCGUCAACGUGGAAAUCUUUGGGAAACAAGUUGAAGAAUUAGAAAGUAAAUGUAUUUCGAACCCCUUUUCUAAUUCUGUUCAAUCCGAUCUUGUUGCUUUGAAGGCUCGGUUGUGGGCCAUUUUACGAAAAGAAGAACGAGAGUGGCUCCAAAAAUCGAGACUUAGGUGGUUCAAAGAAGGUGAUAGAAAUACAAAGUUUUUCCAUUUAACUGCUUCUUCUAGAGCAAAGCGAAACCAGAUUAACAAACUGAAGGUUCAUAAUUCGGUGUUAAAACGUCAAGAUAGGAUUCAACAGGCUUUUGUUUCAUACUUUAGGGGUUCCUAUAAUGACGUGAAGACAAUCCCUGUAAAGAUAUGGGAUAUUUAG